CCAAAUCCUAGGCAUGUUGUAAAAAAUGUAGCCCAGAAAAUUCCUUCAGGUAGAAAUGCAGACUUCUAAAAGUGAUUAUAAUUCAACAACGUCCGAAUUGGUCAGGCAGCCAAAUGUCCCGUCUCCAAUCGGCUACAUAAACGGUACCGAGCAGGAAAGAGGUAGAAACGGUUUUGGGAUCCAAGAGUGGCCAGAUGGGUCGAGAUACGAAGGAAACUUUGAGAAUGACUUGAAACACGGAGUGGGCGUUUACUAUUGGCCUAAUGGAGAGCUCUAUGAGGGUUCCUUCUACAAAGACUAUCGCCAUGGCAAAGGGACAUACACCUGGCCUGACGGCUCCAAGUUCAUCGGGAAAUUUUAUUUGAAUCGGAAGGAGGGUUAUGGCGUCCAGCACCUUCCCAACGGCUCAUUCUUCAAGGGUCUUUAUCACGCAGACGAGCGUUUGGGUCCAGGUGUGCUGACCUAUGCAGAUGGCCGGCAGGACAUGGGGCUGUGGCAUCGCUGCCGGCUGCUCAGCCUCUGCACCCGGCUGGAGGACGCCUUCAGCCUCAGGUCCCUCCCAGACUUCCAGCCCCAACAGAGUAGGGCGCAGGGGGGCGGCAGCCUCCAGCGGGAACCCCAAAACCUGCAUCCAGAGCCCCCCAAACCACCUCCCGUCAGCAAGGACCCCCUCGUGUUCUCCACCGAGGAGAUGCUGAAGGAUGAGCGCUUCAUCUUGCCCCCUGCCACGCUCCGCUACAGCAUCGACCCCGACCACCUGCCCCUGCCCCCCCGCCUCAGGAGGCAGCUAGACGAGCUCUUCUUCAACUGCAGCAGCCCAGAGGCUCCUGAACACACAGACAUGCACCCAUACACGCACAGAAUCACCAGCUCUCUGCCACUGCAGGAACGCAUGCAGAACCACAUCAACAGACACAGGUUUGAAGCGGAGAGUGUUGACUGGGACGUGUGUGUGUCCCGCAGGUUUGAAGCGGAGAGUGUUGACUGGGACGUGGGCGCUGUCUUUUCCAUGAGCAGGGGUGCGUUUGGCCCAAAGGGCCCCCUGGAGCUGGGCUCGGAGCGGCUCAUUCUGCAGGCAGGGCAGGGGGAUCCUCAGGCUGUGUACAGAAUCCUCAGAGAUGGGAGGAUCCACCCUGACGUGGGGGACGCACAGGGGCACACUCCACUUAUUGCUGCCACGAUGAACUGCCUUAUCGAGGUGAUCCACAUGCUUCUGGACAGUGGAGCGGAUGUGAACAAGCUGAACAGUGAGAGCAUGUCUGCUCUGUCUGUCUGUCACGUGCUCUACUAUCCUGCAAGCUCUCUUCAUACCACUGUGGCAGAGCUCAAGUCACCCAAACCACAGGUGUCAGUGACAACUCAGAAGACUGAGUCCCUUGAUCAGAGUCAGUCAGCCAAUGAGGAGACGGCAGCCCUAGGCCACGUGCAGGCUGACCCUUCAGCCAAUGAGGAGACAGCAGCCCAUGGCCACGAGCAGGCUGACCCUGCUCCAGCUCAGCCCGCCAGUUCACCAGUAAUGAAAGCGGGACUUGAGAGCGAAGCUUCAGAAAUAAACAAGAAUGGAGACCCUGAGAAUGAAUAUUCAGAGAAGGAGGGACUUGAGCAAUGGGAGGAGCCUACAGACAAGGGGUCAUCUCUCACUGAGGGGCCUCAGAGGGAGGAGCCUACAGACAAGGAGUCUAAGGGAGGGGGACUUGUAAAUGAAAAGUCAGAGGGGGAGGGGCCUACAAACAAAGGGUCCGAGAGGGAGGGGCUUACAAAUGAAGGGUCUGAGAGGGAGGAACUUCAGACUGAAGAGUCCACUGUGAUUGAGCCGAGGGAGGAAACAGCUAAGAGGGAUCAGAGGUCGGGGCCUGAGGAGGACUGUAAGGGAGGCACUAUAGGCAAGGAUACAACCUCUGACCCCAAGAGUCCUGGGCAUCACAUGGCCUUUGCCUCUGUACUGUCAUUGGCCAGUAUGCCGAUAAGGGUAGCAGAGGAAGCACUGGAGCAGGCUGCUGAGGCUCUGUGCCAGUCCAGACUCCUACCACCAGAGGGCACUCAGGAGUCAGUCCACAAGAUUGUCCUCGCCAAAAACCAGUGAGUCUGAGAGGGGUGUCGGGCCAGCCACUGGCUUGGACUCCUGCUCUUCUAUUUGUGCAUGAUACCCUUAGGGGCUGUAAUAAGGGACACUUGCUCUUCUAUUUGUAAAUGCUACCCUUAGGGGCUGUUAUCAGGAAGCAUUGCAUUAACUUCCAUUGAUAAGCUGAUGACGCCCAACUUUUCCAUGAAACCUAACCAAAUUGUGGAACUACCUGAGAUAGAAGCUUACCUGAAGUAGAAGCACUGAGAUAGAAGCUUACCUGAAAGCUGUAAAACCAUGGAUGACUAACAUCCUCCUUCCAACUAGCAUCAAAAAUCUUGCUGUUAUUAUCAACCAAGACCUCUUACUCAACUCAGACAUAUAACAGAUCUCAACACGUAAUUUUUUCCAGCUACGCCAUAUUGCCAAAAUCAGAAAAGUCCUAUC